UUUCUUUGUUUCUCCAACAGUCACUUCAAUUUCACAUUUCCCUUUUCUUCUUUUUUGUAAAAAUGGCUCGCUCUCGUGGACGUUCUUCCCGCCCCAUGUCGGCUCCUCCCCGCCGUGAGGCCCACACUAUGGCUGCCCCCCCGCCGGCUGCCCACCAUCCCGCGCCUGCCGCCGCUCCUACCGCCGCUCCUGCCGCGGCCGCCCAGCCCCAGCAGCCGGGUCUCUUUGCCCAGAUGGCUGCCACCGCCGGUGGUGUCGCCGUCGGCUCUGCCAUUGGCCACACAGUCGUAAGUACUCCGCGCGAAUUAUUUUCAGAACGUGUUCCACGAUAUUCGAUUGAUGCAGCCCUUAUCUCUGUUCUGCUGAUGAUUUCCCCCCUGUGAUCUGUGUAGGGUGCCGCCGUCACUGGUAUGUUCAGCGGAGGUGGCAGCAGCGAGGCGGCUCAGCCUGCCCAGCAGCAGACUGCCCCGCAGGCUGCUAGCUAUGACCAGCAUGCUCAGUCGUUCCAGGGUGUGCGCUCGUGUGAUGCCGACGCCAAGGCGUUCACGCGCU